AUGGCCCGUACUAAGCAGACCGCCCGUAAGUCCACCGGAGGAAAGGCUCCCCGCAAGCAGCUCGCCUCCAAGGCCGCCCGCAAGUCCGCCCCCGCCCAGACCGGUGGUGUCAAGAAGCCCCAUCGUUAUAGGCCCGGAACUGUCGCUCUCCGCGAGAUCCGUCGUUACCAGAAGUCCACUGAGCUCUUGAUCCGCAAGUUGCCUUUCCAGCGCUUGGUUCGUGAGAUUGCUCAGGACUUCAAGACCGACUUGCGUUUCCAGUCCUCCGCUAUUGGUGCUCUCCAGGAGGCUGUUGAGGCUUACCUCGUCUCUCUUUUCGAGGACACCAACUUGUGUGCCAUCCACGCCAAGCGUGUCACCAUCCAGCCCAAGGACAUGUCCUUGGCCCGCCGUCUCCGCGGUGAGCGCGCCUAA